AUGGAAGUUGUUAGCGAGACAUUUACUCCUAAAUCAUACUUAAUUUAUGAAAAUAAACAGGGCCCUGGAACUAUGAAAUCUGACAAAUUGAGGACUAAGGUAUCUAAAAAGGUUGAUAUCAAGACAUUAGGAUCAUGUGAUGAUUCUGGAAACGACUCUUCUGGUUCCGCAGACACUGAUGAUAUAUGUACAGUGACAAAAAAAUCAUUUCUGGUUGAUGUCAUGAGCACAUCAGAAAAAAAGAAAAAGAAGACAAAAUUGGAUUCUAUGUCAACUGUUAAGAAAACUCCAGUGAAACCAUUUAUGGACAAUGAAGAGAAGAAAUCUGAAACAAAGAAGAAUAAAAAGAUUCUGGCAUCCAUGCCAACACCUACAACAUGCGAAGAACAAAUUAAAGUGAACUCAAAAAUGGACAUUGUGGAUGAGAACAACAAAACAUCAACUAGAAAAGUUGAUACUGAGACAAAAAAACGUUCAAAAAAGCGGAAAAGUGAAAAGAUUGAUGGAAAUAAACUGAAGAGCGAAAAGACAGCAAAGACUUUGGACUCCAGCAGAGCAAAAUGUGAUACAUCAACAAUUUUGAAUAACAAUGAGCACGGGAGAAAUACUGAUAGUGGAACAUGUGACAGUUUAGUCGAUCAUACAAAAAUAUUAGAUAAAACUGAACAGAACAUAUCAAAACUACCACUAACUUUGAAGGGAUUAACCACCACCCCUGGUUGGGCUGCUGAUGUGGAAUUACCAAAACAAAAGCCAUCAAUAAUGGAUUUUUAUGAUUCUGAUGAUUUUGUUGAUGAAGAUGAUGAUUUGUUCGACAGAUUAGAUGUUGAUAAGUCAUUAAAACAAAGACUGGAAGUGAUGUCAUCUUUAAAAUCAAAUGAAAAGAAAAAAACUUCUGAGGAUGUUGCUCUGGAAGUUGUGAGUGAGAAAUACACUCCAAAGUACCGGUAUAGAUUGUUUUUCGGAAGUACUGAAGGUAGUGAGAUAAAAACUGAUAAGACAAGGACUAGAACAUCCACUGAAGGUGAUAUCAAGAAACAAGGAUUUCUUAUUGAUUCUGGAGACGAUUCUACUGGCUCUGCUGACACUGAUGAUAUAUGCACUGUGGCUGACACACCGAGAAUGGUCCUGUUUAAUAUGGAUGAAGUCAUGAGCACGUCAAAGAAAAAGCCAAAAAAGAAACAAAUUGAUUCCGUGGCAACUGAUCAAUCAUUUCAGAAUACACCAGUGAAAGUUAUUGGAAAUCAUGAAGGGAAAAAGUCUGAAACAAAAAAGAAGAAAAAGAUGGGAUAUGUGAACAACAAGUUAAGGUGA